AUGUCCGAUAGUCUGGAUAUUGAAGAGAAACCUCCAGCCCCACCGUUGAGGAUGAACAGCAACAACCGCGAUUCUUCAGCACUAAACCACAGCUCAAAACCGCUCCCCAUGGCCCCUGAGGAGAAGAACAAGAAAGCCAGGCUUCGCUCCAUCUUCCCAGGAGGAGGGGAUAAAACCAACAAGAAGAAAGAGAAGGAACGUCCUGAGAUCUCUCUUCCUUCAGACUUUGAACAUACCAUUCAUGUGGGAUUUGAUGCCGUCACUGGAGAAUUCACACCAGAUCUCUAUGGCUCACAGAUGUGCACAGGGAAGCUCCCAGAGGGCAUUCCAGAGCAAUGGGCCAGGCUACUACAGACCUCCAACAUAACAAAACUGGAGCAGAAGAAGAACCCACAAGCUGUUCUAGAUGUUCUCAAAUUCUAUGAUUCCAAAGAAACAGUUAACAACCAGAAAUACAUGAGCUUUACGUCAGGAGAUAAAAGCGCCCAUGGAUACAUAGAAGCCCAUCCUUCGAGCACAAAAACAGCAUCAGAACCCCCACUAGCUCCCUCUGUUUCUGAAGAAGAGGAUGAAGAUGAUGAUGAAGAGGAAGAUGACAAUGAACCUCCACCAGUUAUUGCACCACGGCCUGAACAUACAAAAUCAAUCUACACGCGCUCUGUAAUUGAACCUGCCGCUGCACCAGCACCAGCUAAAGAAGCCACCACUCCCCAACCUGAAAACUCAAACACAAGCACUUUGUACAGAAACACAGACCGGCAGCGAAAAAAGUCCAAGAUGACAGAUGAGGAGAUCCUAGAGAAACUGAGGAGCAUUGUGAGUGUGGGAGAUCCUAAGAAGAAAUACACUCGAUUUGAGAAAAUUGGCCAAGGGGCAUCGGGAACUGUUUAUACAGCAAUCGACAUUGCCACAGGACAGGAGGUGGCCAUAAAGCAAAUGAAUCUCCAACAGCAGCCCAAAAAGGAACUAAUUAUUAAUGAAAUCCUGGUCAUGAGGGAAAAUAAGAACCCCAAUAUUGUUAACUAUUUAGACAGCUACCUGGUGGGUGAUGAGCUCUGGGUGGUUAUGGAGUACUUGGCUGGCGGCUCUUUAACCGAUGUGGUUACGGAGACAUGCAUGGAUGAAGGACAGAUAGCAGCUGUCUGUAGGGAGUGCCUGCAAGCACUGGACUUCCUCCAUUCAAACCAAGUGAUUCACAGAGACAUCAAAAGUGACAAUAUUCUGCUCGGAAUGGACGGCUCUGUCAAAUUGACUGAUUUUGGCUUCUGCGCUCAGAUCACCCCUGAGCAGAGUAAACGGAGCACAAUGGUCGGGACUCCUUACUGGAUGGCACCAGAAGUGGUGACAAGAAAAGCAUACGGCCCCAAAGUGGACAUCUGGUCACUUGGGAUCAUGGCAAUAGAAAUGGUGGAAGGAGAACCUCCGUACCUUAAUGAAAAUCCUCUCAGGGCGCUGUAUCUGAUAGCUACCAACGGGACACCAGAGCUGCAGAACCCCGAGCGACUCUCGGCUGUGUUCCGAGACUUUCUGAACUGCUGCCUGGAGAUGGACGUGGACAGGAGAGGGUCUGCCAAGGAGCUGCUGCAGCAUCCAUUUUUAAAGUUAGCCAAGCCUCUCUCCAGCCUGACUCCUCUGAUCAUUGCAGCAAAGGAAGCGAUUAAGAACAGCAGCCGCUAGCGCUCCAGGCCGGUCUCCCAUGCCAGCUCAGAGCAGGACUGAGAACAGAGACUCUGUGAAACCUCAGCUCUUGUGCUGCGGGACAGGAUGGAUGAACACACCAACGGUCACAGUCAUGGAGGUAGGAGGGAGAACAACCCAGUCCCUCGAGGAGUAAAACUUA